AUGUCAUCUUACCCAGUUCAACUGCAGCUCUCCCAACCCUCUCUUGUCAGUCUCUACAGCUGCCCAUAAACAUCAAACAGGUUUAGGAAAUUCUACAAACAAGAAUCAUGGUUCAUAAUAAGCGGCUGGUGACGAAGCUCUGAGCUCAUUCUCCCCAGAAUUAGAAACUGAGCAGCAGCAAUAAAACGCGGAGCCAAACGGUGCGGCCGCUCGGAUUCCAAGCGAGAGACUGCCGCCCUGGGUCACUUCGCAGCCCCCAGACCAUGUCGCAGGAAGCGCAUGUUGUUAAGAAGAAACGGCCACCGAUGAAGGAGGAAGAUAUCAAAGGAGCUCGAAAUAAACUGGGGAAAGAACAGAAAGUCCAGUCGAAAACAUAUCGGGUCUUGCAACAAUGCGAACAGGAAGGUGGAGCUGCUCCUUCUGUCUUCAGCACCAUGAGAACAGGACAAGAGACAGUUUUUGCAAAGGGAGCCGCUGAACAGCCGAAGAGCGUCUUCAGUAAAUGAGAAAAGUUCUGCAUAGUCACAUCUGAUUCGAAAGUGACAAUAGCUAUAAGCUAAUUUCAUAAAGCCUUAAUAUUCCUGUCUGAAGUGAAAAAAACUGCUCAUUUUAUAUAAAUAAAACAAAAAAGAAAUUGCUUCCUGA